AUGUCAUACAAUAAUAACAAGGACGGAGAUGAUACCGCGACGAUACCAACGGAUCACUCCGACCCCUCUCAAUCCGAAGUCACUGCUCUCUAUGAAUACAUAAAUUCGUAUUCAUUCUCCUCUGAUGCCGAAUUCAGAAGCGGGCUGGCAGUCAUUCUCGGUCAUCCUGAUACGCCUGCCUCAGAGGCGGAGCUCACCAGCGAAGAUGACCUGGUCCUGAAGGCAAAGAAGAAGAAUAUCACGCCGCCUCUAGAUUUCGCAGCCUAUAAGAACUGGUUGAAAUCAGCAGCAGAGAAAUCGCGGGGUUCGGAAUCACAAUCCCCAGAAGACACAAGGACCACAAGCAACGACUUCCAGCCUCAGCAUACGACCACGACGUCAUCAGAAGGUGUAAUGUCUUCAUCGCCGCAUUCCGUGCCAAGCAAUCAUCAAAAAACGUCUGAACCCGCCUAUCCCUCCUCCUUCGCACACAUUGUCGAGCUCAUUACUACUGGUCAACCUAUACCUGGUAUUCAGCAAAUUCCAGACACGGUGUUGACAGGUCAUGAAACCCUCAGCAGAGUAACAAGAAGGCGUAAACCUUGGGAGAAAGAUGACAAAGAGAAAGAGUUGGAAGAGCAAAAGUGA